AUGGUCGAGCGAGACUGCGAGCGCCUUCAGACAGAGCUGGAAAACGAGCAGGGAGCGAGCAAGCGGCUACUAUUAGAGGAUCAGCAGAAAACCCAAGCCUUGGAGCGCAUGUCGAGCGAACUUGAAGAUGCUCGAAGCCAAGUAUCGACGUUGCAGGGCCAAGUUCAAUUGGAAGCGAUUUCAAGGCAGUCCGUGACGCAAGAACGUGACCGCCUGCAUCAACAGUAUCAGCUUGAUAGAGAUGGCUGGAAGACCACCCAGGAACACCGCGACGCGCUGGAGAAGAGAAAAGCGGACGAGUUCCGUAAAAUGGACCUCGAGCUCCGCCAUUUGAACCAAACUCUCUCGCGGCUGCGCAUCGAGUGGGAAAGCGAGAAAUCCCAGCGAGAAAAAGCCGAAGCCAGGCUGCAGAAGUUGUCGACGUUUCUCGACGAAAAAGAGUCUCGGACAAGCAAGGAACACGCGCUUCAAAUUGCUCACCGAGAUCUCCAGGCACUGCAGAAAAACUGUCGGGAGCAAGAAAGCGCAAAGCUAGAUGCUCAGAGUGAAGUGGCCUCGCUCGUCCAGCGGUGCGUUUGUGCUAGGUCAUUGUAA